GACAUUUUGCAGUUCAGUGCGUUUAGUGUUUGACAACCUGAAAGCUUCCUUUCUUUUCCAAAUUUACGUUCGUACUGGUUGGACGUCUUUGUAAAUUUAACUAAAAAUGAGUGAAUCGCUCCAAUUGCGUGGAACCCUUUUGGGGCACAAUGGCUGGGUUACCCAGAUUGCCACCAAUCCAAAAUAUCCCGAUAUGAUUUUGUCUUCAUCAAGAGACAAGACGUUGAUCGUUUGGAAAUUGACUCGUGAUGAGACACAAUACGGCAUUCCACAGAAGCGUUUGUACGGUCACAGCCAUUUCAUCAGUGACGUUGUUCUAUCGUCCGAUGGCAACUACGCUCUUUCCGGAUCGUGGGACAAAACUCUACGACUGUGGGAUUUGGCUGCCGGAAAAACGACUCGCCGAUUCGAAGACCAUACCAAGGACGUUCUGUCAGUUGCAUUCUCCGUAGACAAUCGUCAAAUCGUGUCCGGUUCUCGGGACAAAACCAUCAAAUUGUGGAACACCUUGGCCGAAUGCAAGUACACCAUUCACGAUGAAGGUCAUUCCGAUUGGGUGUCGUGCGUCCGAUUCUCGCCGAAUCACAGCAAUCCAAUCAUCGUAUCCUGCGGCUGGGAUCGUACCGUCAAGGUCUGGAAUUUGACCAACUGCAAGCUAAAGAUCAACCAUAAGGGACACAAUGGCUACUUGAACACCGUCACCGUGUCUCCCGAUGGUUCGUUGUGCACUUCCGGCGGUAAAGAUGCCAAGGCUCUGUUGUGGGACUUGAACGAAGGCAAACAUUUGCACACUUUGGACCACAAUGACAUCAUUAAUGCAUUGUGCUUCUCGCCGAACCGAUACUGGUUGUGCGUCGCUUUCGGACCAUCCAUUAAGAUCUGGGAUUUGGCAUGCAAAAAGACCGUCGAAGAACUUCGUCCCGAAGUUAUUUCUACCACAUCGAAGGCCGACCCACCACAAUGUCUGUCGCUUGCUUGGUCCGUCGAUGGUCAAACUUUGUUCGCUGGUUACAGCGACAAUACCAUUCGAGUGUGGCAGGUGUCCGUUUCAGCUCGUUAAGUAGGGGAACAACAACAUGAAAAAUUGAAGAAGGCGGUUGGCCGGAUGUUUUAUAUUUUGUUGAAAGAAAAUAUAAAAUAAAAAGACAAUUUGCUAUGACAAAAA